AUGACGAUCAACAAUAUUCAUCCAUCACGCGGCAUCGGCAUCAAAUGGAUCUUCAUCAUGGUGCACGAGAGCAAAAUUAUGAAGCAAAACGCAUGCCAUGCACUCGACUCCUUCACGCGCGGCAACUCCUUCACGCUCUCACGCGCGGCGGCUCCUUCACGCGCGGCAACUCCUUCACGCUCUCACGCGCGGCAACUCCUUCACGCGUUCACGCGCAGCGACUCCUUCACGCGCGGCAACCCCUUCACGCUCUCACGUGCGGCGGCUCCUUCACGCGCGGCAUCUCCUUCACGCGUUCACACGCAGCGGCUCCUUCACGCGCGGCAUUUCCUUCACGCUCUCACGCGCGGCGGCUCCUUCACGCGCGGCAACUCCUUCACGCGCGGCAACUCGUUCACGCGCGGCAGCUCGUUCACGCCCUGCGACUUGUUCACGCGGGGUUACGGGUUACAAAAGGUUUUACAUCUUGCCCAUGAAAAGAUCGGCAUGGCGGACGACGCAGUAACAGCUUUGCCGGUGGCACCGGCCUCAGCUCAGGCGGAAAAGAAGGCGAAGGCGAAGGCGCCACUGUAUUUUGAGGACGAUGUGGGUCUCUUUAAGGCUGUAUGCCGUACAUUUAUGCAGAAGAAGAAGUGUACGCGCGGUGGCUGCAAGCUCGUGCACGACAAGCAACUGUGCCUGUACUUUUUUAAGACAGGUCAGUGCAAAUUCGGCGACGAUUGCCGCAAGAACCACUUUGUAAGUCUGCCCGAUCCGAACGCGAAGGAGGAGGAGAAUACCAUAGCUACUGUCACUGCCACCUCCGGCGUCGAGAAGCUCGAAAAGAAGAAGAAGCCAGCCAAUAAGCCGCGGGAAAAGAAGUCGAAUUCCAAGGCUAAGGUUGACAAGCCCAACGACAACAAGGCAAAGAUCGAGAACCCCAAGGAGGUGGAAGCACCCAGGGAGGCAGACAAACAGGACGUCGAUACAAAGUGCAAGAAGAAAAAGAAGAACGAGCGGCGCCAGGCCACCAAGAAAAAUACCGAGACCUUCGUGCCCAUGACCAAGCCUGUGGAUCUGCGCAUCACUUACGACCUGGGAUCCAAGGACGACAAGUUCUCUACGCCAUUGACUUCGCGCGACGUGGUGCUUGUCCCCAACCUCUUCAGUGACUUUAAGAAGGGUGAGCUGUACGCCAAGCUCAUGCACGAGCUCGACAACUGCGGCAUCCCUCGUGAACAAUUACUCAAGAUGUGGCACGGCAACGACAAAAUUGAUGGUACGCAUCUCAUCGUGGACGACCGAUCCACCUGGAAGGCCAAGUGCCCUACAUUCGAUCUGGUCACGGAGCGAUUAAAUAUUUUUUUCAGUCUUAACAUCAAAGCUACGCGCUUCAAUUGGUACAAGGACACCUCGCAAUGGAAGCCCUUCCACUUUGACGCCGCUGCUGUUAAGCCCCACAUUGCAGCUAUUCAGAACUUCACAGUUGGGAUCUCGUUCGGCGCCACCCGCGACGCCGCCUUUGAACAUGCCGAAACGAAGACAGUGGUGAGUGUGCCACAGCCGGACGGAUGCGUCUACGCUUUCGCAAAGGAUACGAACGUGAUCUGGCGCCACGGUAUCCUGCAGGACGUACCAAUACGGGAUGAAGGCCGCAUUUCGAUCAUUGCGUGGGGCUGGGUGGAUUACAUGGCGGAUGUUGCUUAG